AUGUGCCUGGUAUGCUACUAUAUCGAGUUUGUUGCGUCAACGCCAGGGCUUCAAAAACAACUCGGCCCUGAAAAAGCACAUGAACUACGUCCACGAGAAGAAGCGGCCGCCGCGGAACAAGAUCUGCGAUCACUGCGGGCGCGGUUUCACAACUCUGACGAUCCUCCGUUCGCACGUGCGCACGCACACCGGCGAGCGGCCGCUGCUAUGCUCGCACUGCCCCGCCACCUUUGCCCAUCCGGCCGCCCUCUACACCCACACGAAACUCCUCCACGGCACCGGCUAGCGGGUAGAGAGAAGAGCAAAACAACCACGAGGCAAAGGCUGGAAGACUUAACUGGACAAUUUGUG